AGCAUAUAUUUGAUAAAAUAUAUCCUGUUAUAUUUUACAACAGUUUACAGUUUGCAAAUUAUACUAUUAAAGUUUGAACUUUGAAAAUUAUAAAUUACUCUAAAAUGAGAGUAAUAGGAUAGACAAUAUAAUAUCAUGACGGAAUUAACUUCUCAGAUUUUUGCUCCAUUGGUGGUGUGAGGUAAAUCAACAAUGAGUAAAACUAAUUUAAAGAAAAUUAAUAUGUUUAUAUAUGAGUUACCAUAUGCAGAACGAAAGGAUUUCUGUAGUAUUAUUGAUAUGAAUGAUAAAUGGGAAGACCUAGGUGGAAAGUACAUGAAUUUCGAUUGUGCAACAUUAUUUAAAAUUGGUAAAGCUUUCAUGCGAAAUCAUUCCCCGACUGAUGAGUUAUUAAAUUUAUGGGGCGAACAGAAUCAUACAGUUUUAGAAUUGUUUAUAAUUUUAUCUAAAAUGCGACAUUAUCAAGCAAUGAGCAUUCUUAAGCCAUUUGUUGAUCAAAAAUAUCACAAACUGAUUUAUCAAGGUGAAAAAAAAUUUAGUAAUCUAGUCGAGACUGGAAUAAGUGAUUUAUAUGACAAAACGGAUAGUAAUCUUAUUAAACUAAAUAAUAACAGUCGACAAAGUAGAUCUAACAACCGUAUAAACCAACAAGACAUAAAUACAUUGAAUAAAAGCAACGAAGCUAAGAGUUUAGACCCAACCACCAUGCAGUCCUCAGCGGAAGCAUGUACACCUUUAAUUACGUAUAAUGAAUUGGAAAAAGCUACUAAUAACUGGGAUAAAGCAAAUAUUUUAGGAAAAGGAGGAUUUGGAGUAGUCUUUAAAGGUAUUUGGAAAAAUACUGCUGUGGCUAUAAAACGACUUGAAGCUCAGAAAGGAGCUGAACAAGAAUUUAAUGUUUUAGAAGCUCAACGACAGCAGUCUUUACGUGAACUAAAAUAUUUGAACUCUUGUCGGCAUGAUAAUAUACUUUCUUUGUAUGGAUUCAGUAUUGGAGGGGAAAAACCAUGUUUAGUUUAUCAGUAUAUGCCAAAUGGUUCUCUGGAAGAUAGAUUACAAUGCCGUCAACAAACAAAGCCUUUGUCAUGGUGUCAGAGGUAUAAAAUUGCUACAGGAUCAGCUAGAGGCUUACAAUUUUUACAUAGUAUGGUAUUAAUUCAUGGUGAUAUUAAGAGCGCAAAUAUUCUUUUGGAUCCAUAUUUUGAACCACGUAUUGGGGAUUUCGGCUUGGCUCGUGAAGGACCACUUCAGCAGUACACUCACGUUAAAGUUAGUCAUGUUCAUGGGACUAGACCAUACCUUCCAGAUGAAUUUUUGAGAGGCAAGAAAUUUUCUGCAAAAGUUGAUACAUUUAGUUUUGGCGUGGUUCUUUUUGAAAUAGCAACAGGACAACGAGCAUAUGAUAGCUCAAGGGACCACAAAUUUUUGAAAGAUCAUGUCGAAAAUAAUGAUAACUCUAUUUCUGAAAUGAUAGACGCUAAAGCUGGACUAGAUGAAUGUAAUGUGUUUCCUUGUUUAAUAUCCCUCGGGAAAAAGUGCGUUAACUUUAAACCAAAAGAUCGCCCAGAAAUGGAACAAGUGUUAAAACAGCUGGACACCAUAAUAUUGCAAGACAAACACCAAUCUACUGUUAGACACAGUUUUGUACCAACAAACCAACUUGAAGUACAAAUGCGAAAACUAUCUGUCCCAUCAGGAUCAUAUCAUCCUCAGCCGUGGCUAUUUAGUCCAGCUGCAAGUAAUCAACUACUAAAGCGUAAUCUAUCACCAGUAUCUCACCCUGUUGCUGCUAUGACUGCUCUUGAUCAAAGUGAAGUUACAGUUAUCCCUCCUAUCGAAGAAAAUAACCAAUGCGAAAGCCAGCUGUCAUCGUAUAGCAGUGAAAAUUUUUUAGUAGAGAUCAAGGAUCAAUGUAGAGAUUCUGUAGUCCAGACUACAAACAAAGAGUUGAAUAGCACUUGGGAGAAUUCAAUUCCUAGAGAAUGUGAUGUAUUACCACUAAUAUCAGAAUUGGGUAUCCAGCCAACUGAAAAUCCCAAUGAGUAAAGUAAUUUAUAUUUUUAUCAUUUGUAUAUACUAUUUCUCAGUUUAUAGAAUAUAAUCUUAAUAGUACUUAAAUUUUUAAUUGAAUAUUUCUAGUAUUGAAUACCUAAUACCUGUUUGACAAUUAUUAAUACUAAACAAUACACCACUACAUAUAAUUUUAAUGGUUAUAUUAUUACAUACUGUUACAUACUUA